AAGGUUUUAUGUGUGUCCUUAUUCGGUGGGCAAACCCUGAACUUCACCCCAAUAGCGAGCUGCAUGUGGGAUAUGAGCAUUUAGGUAAAAGGUGAUGAAGGGAAGCUUCCUCCUGCUGUUGUCAACACUGCUCUUCUACUUCCUGUUUCAGUCAUCAGAGCAUCAGUUUUUGUCUUUCACAACAUCUUUCACAAAAUCACAUCAUCAAGUCUGAUUCUUCAUGAUUUCAGACCAAAAGCCAACUUCUGGAUCUGCAGAACACAAUAAGAUAUUUUGAAGUUUGCUGGGGCCAAAACAACACUAAACCCCAUUGGCUUUCAUUUUAUAGACGGAAAUAAAUAAAUAAAUUAAUUAAUUAAUUAAUUAAUAAAACACAAAGACUGAAACAUUUUCCAAAAUAUCUCCUUCUGUAUUCCACAGAAGAAAGCAAGUUAAAGUUAAAGACCCUCCCACUUUGAUCAGCUAUAAAGUGAGCACUGAGAGAGGCACAUUAUUUCAUUCACCUCCUGAUCAAGAUGGAUUUACAAAUCUCAGUUUUUCUUCUGUUCAUUCUUUUCACUGCAGGACACUCUCUCAGCUGUUAUGAGUGCUCGGGUCAGAAGGGUUCUUGUGCGAAUCAAAAAGUAAAAACAUGUCCCAGGGGAUUUUCCAAGUGUAUGAGUACAACGGCUGUAACACAAGUUGGUGACAGUCUUAAAGUGAAGGUUAAAGACUGUGCUGCUGACUGUGCAAGUGGAUCCAUGAACCUCGGCAUUGUAAAGAGGUCUUCAGUGUGCUGUAACACAGACUGGUGUAACGUCCGAGAUGCUCCAGAUCCCAGCAUUGACUCCAAUGGAAAGAAAUGUUACUCUUGUGAUGGGAAGAACUGCUCAAACACAGUGAGCUGUUCAGGGAGUGAAGACCACUGCAUUACAUCAGCAGCGAGUUACGGAGAGCAGUCACUGGUUGUAAAAGGCUGUGUCUCUAAAUCCAUUUGUGAUACCACAACAUCAGUUGAUGAUGUUCAGAAGAUCUCAUGUUGUUCAGGGAACCUGUGUAACGGUGCUCAGAGCCACUCAGAGCUUCCUGUUCCUCUGCUGUUCUCUGCUCUCCUUCAUCCUGCUGCACUGAAUCCAGCAGCUCUUCACAUCUACAAUCAGACACACUGCACUGAAUAUAGAGCUUGAAAUUUCUCUGUGCCAUUUGUCAUUUGUGUCCUAAAAUGCUUUUUUGCUGUGACAUUCUGAUGUUACAUUUUAUUAACAACAGGGCACAAAUUAUCAUAUUCAGUUGCUAUUUUCAGAUAUAAUAAUCAACACUCGAAUGAGAAACAUACAAACAUUUAAAUUGCACAUAAGGCAGGUUGGAUAAAGGCAUAAAAUGAUCUGCCUAGAUUAUGUCUGUCAAAAUACUGAAAGUGAUUCACAAUAAUGAACCCGAUGAUUUUCAGUCACUUUGACCCAGAAACACAGUUUUAUUCACAUUAGUUCUACUGACUUCAAGAAAAGUUAGUUUAAUUUUUCUAAUUAAAUAUACUAUGGCGCUUUUAUUUAGUAAUAUACUCCAUCGAGAUAAGGACUCUGAAUCAUUUUACUAAGGUAAAAGUAAUGUUCCUGCUCCCCACCCUCCUUACAGCAGAUCCCAAGAUAUUUUAGGAAACUUCUUAAUUGAACUGUCCACAAAACGGUUUUGACUGACUAAAAUCUCACAAAUGCUAAUAAUUCAAAAAAUGACAAAAUCAUAUGAUUUUGCUCAUAUGAUUGUUAUUACAAUCCAAUUGUUUCAAAAGUGCAUAUGCCAUCAGACAUUUGCAUGAAACACCUUCUUGUAAAGUCUGUUUUGGGUUUUGUUUUCAUGUUCUUGUUUUCAUGUCUUUUAUUUUGUAGAUUGAUUUAUGCUGUUUGUGUUAUGCUUCUCUUGCCCUCUUGUUCAUUGUGUCAUGUUCUGAUUGGUUUAUU